GUGCUGCUACCUGCAGCUCUAAUCUAGUAAUUGAUAAUUUCUCCAAGUGGCCAAGUGCUACAAACAGUCUGGGUGGCAGGACGAGUGGUAUUUGUUCGAACCUGGAGCCAACAAUGCGAGGCCAAAACUGACAUUGAUACAGAUGAUAAUACCAUGAGCUCCAUCUCCGCAGCGAGCGGCGUGCUGUCCUUCAUCCCCAGCGCCAGUGUCGACUCGUACAUCUUCGAGAGUUUCCCCUGUGUGAACGCCUCCAGCAAUGGCUACAAUGCUAUCUCCUUCUCGAUCCAGGGAACAGCUGGGGCAUCACUAUCCCUCGAAAUGCAGACAAAGUCAUCCUGCUCCGCCACCACAAACACCGGUGCAUGGGCCGAGGUCAAUGGCAUCACAGGCGCAAAGCAGACCAUAACCGUUCCUCUCAGCUCCUUUUCUGGGGCAAACAUCGGCGCCAUUACCUCGUUCGUCUGGUCCAGUUUCUCCACUAGGAGUGUGAAGUGGCAGCUGGGAGAUAUCCAGUUUGUGUGUGCCCGCGGGUCUCAGACUUCGACAGGCCCUUCAACGGGGCAAUCAACGCGAGCUUCUUCGACGACCAAGGCAUCUUCGACAUCUGCGAUUGCAUCUACCCUCAAGUCGACAACUGCUCCUGGCCCGACCUCGACCGCUGGGUGCAAGAACCUCCUCAUUGACGAUUGGGAGUCCCAGUCUCGCCUGACAUUCUUGUAUUACAACGCAAUGAUCCAGCCAACCAGUGAUGACGGUACAAUGGCUUCCAUUGUGGUGGCCAACGAUAACUCGGUCACAUUAACGCCCAAAGACACAAGCUCGUACUUUUACAGCAAGACCACGUGCGUAAAUGCUCAGAACGUCUAUGGCGGCAUCUCCUUGCGCAUCAAGGCUGCCAAGGGCACCACGUUCAGCAUUCAGCUCAGCUCUCCGGCCAAAUGUGGAGAUGCUGAAGAAACUGCAUUUCCAUCCCAGUCAACCACCGACCUUGGCUGGACAUUCGAUGGUACUUGGAAGUUGUACAACAUUCCGUUUUCCAAGUACCAGGGUCUCGAUCUGACCAAGGUCCAGACCGUCUUCUUCUCCGGCUUCUCCAGAGCUGUGCAACUCGGUCCUAUGGCAUUCUACUGUGGAAACACCGUGUCUGAGUACAAGGUACCGGCGUCGACUGCACCCGUUGGCCCAUCCUCCACUGUCCCAGCUCCCAAAGGCACUGCUUCGGCUCUCGUCAUUGACCAGUUUGCUUCAUCAGGAGCCAAUGCUCUGGGCUUCUGGCACGGUGGUGACGGUGGCAUGUCGCUCACUUGGGGCACCAAGAAAGUUACCAUCAAGUCCAGCGAUGCCGACUAUGCCUUCUACACGCAGGUUUCCGGAUCCUGCCGAGACAUGAGGAGCUUUGAUGGAUCGUAUCUCCACAUUGCUUACAGCGGGAGCAGCAAGUUCACCGUUGCCCUCCAGCAACACAAUGCGAAGUGCGACGAGUCCGUGGCUCCCUACCCCGAAACAUGGGAUUCCAUCGAGGCUUCCCGCUACGCCUCCGCAUCCGAUAUCUACAUUCCCAUGUCCCACUUCAACAUCAACCGAACCCGAGUAGUCGGCAUCGCACUAAAGGGCUUCUACACCACCGAAUCGGUCGUCCUUUCCAAGAUCGAAAUCGUCCCCUCCAUCCCGACAACCUUCAAGAUCCCCAACAAGCUGCCCACGGGCAACCUUGUCUUCGGCUGCAAGCGCCCCAACUCAUUCGCCUUCGCCAUCGACGAUGGCGACCCGAGGUACGCGCAGGAGGUCAUGAAGGUGAUCAAAGACGAGGACAUCCAAGUGACCUUCUUCACCGUCGGCGCGCCCCUCGACGACAAGAGCACCAACCUUACCAAUGUCUACAACGAGAUGUCGUCCCAGGGCCAUCAAAUCGCGCUCCAUUCGUACACUCACCCUAAGAUGGAGGGCCUCCCCGACUACGAGGCUAUCGACUGGGAGUACAAUAACGACAUCGCGGCUGUGGAGCGCGCAUUUAAUGGUCUGCAUACGCCGUACUUCCGCCCGCCUUUCGGGAACGAGGGUGCGAGGAUGAGACAGCGCUUGGCGGUUACCACCGGGUCGAAUUCGCCAUAUAUCGUGAACUGGAGUGUGGAUGUCGAGGAUUGGCUUUGGGCGACGAGCGAUACGCCUGAGAAGCAGCUUGAUGCUUUUAAGCGGGAUAUUGCAAAGGGCGGGAAUUUGGUCGUGAUGCAUUACUUGUACCCCUCGACGGUCGGAUAUUUGAAGGAGUUUAUUCAGUUGGCUAAGGCGACGGGGAAGCAACUUAUGCGUGUGGAUCAGUGCAUGGAAGAUCCGAAUGCGCCGGCUUUGUGAGGUGUAGCUGGAAAACAGCUGGACUCUGCUUGAGUGCUAGUACAGCAUUUAAUGCAGUUAUUUGAAGCCCGCUUUAUGCUCAACAUAAGCAACUGGGGCUAGGUUGUAACCAUGGAAGUUCGUUCAAUAUGCU